AACACCACUCAAAAUCAUUUUCACUUCUGCGGCGUUUGCAUCGCAUCUGUUUCGUCCGCCCUGCCAUUCUGGUCUGUGUUUGAGACGUUGUUUCCCAUAUAUUUUUUGUUCUACUUGCAGCGGCUGCAACGUGACGCGCGCUUUAAACCGCCCCAAAACGCACCACCAAACUACACCGCCAACAACAACAACAACAACAAAAACCACACCAAGGAGAAAGAAGGAGAGCUGCAAAGUUUUUAUUUUGUGAUGCUGCUCUGCCAAAACCUGUUCUAAGUUGCCCACUGUGCGUGCGUGCAUACGUUUGUGUGUGUGUGUCAUCACUGUGAUUGAGCCUGUGUGUGUUGGUCCGUAUGCAAAUUUCUGACACGCCGACGUCGACGCCGCUGCCACCUGGCAGCUGAUUUUGCCUUUGCCAUAAGGAAUCCAACGCAACGCAACACAACACAUACACACACAAAGUACAGAGCCCAUUCAUGCAAGUACAGCUGCUGGUGACAAAAACAGCAAGCAGUGAGAUAAUACAACCCAGAAACCAGUUGGCAAAGCAUCACUGAAUCAAUAGAUGAGAUCGAGAGCAGCCGAAGGAGGAGCAACAACAGAAGAAGGAGCGUGGAGAGACACUCACAAUUAAUCAACGGAAUUCUGUUUGAUAUGCAUCGAACGUUGAGCACUUACAAGAAAAGAAACAAGAACCGAUUGAAAGAAGCACUUGCGUAACACUCUUUUAUUUUGCGCACUUGCCAACACUGCCCCUAGCCCCAAAACGGGGAAUACAGCAAACAUAAGCAACAAGGACAUUACCACCUACUCCCUCUACAUAUUUUGAGCUAAAAACUGUGCCAAGAUGUAUAAGCUAUUGGGUAGCCUGAAGAGCUACCUCAAAUGGCAGGACAUUCAGACAGACAACGCCGUCUUCCGGCUGCACAACUCAUUCACCACGGUGCUCCUGCUCACCUGCAGCCUGAUAAUCACCGCCACCCAGUAUGUGGGACAGCCGAUCAGCUGCAUCGUGAACGGUGUGCCCCCGCAUGUGGUGAACACGUUCUGCUGGAUCCACAGCACGUUCACCAUGCCGGAUGCGUUUCGCAGACAGGUUGGUCGCGAGGUGGCCCAUCCCGGUGUGGCCAAUGAUUUUGGAGAUGAGGAUGCCAAGAAAUACUACACCUACUACCAGUGGGUGUGCUUUGUGCUCUUCUUUCAGGCCAUGGCCUGUUAUACGCCCAAAUUUCUGUGGAAUAAAUUCGAGGGCGGCCUGAUGCGCAUGAUUGUCAUGGGCCUGAACAUAACGAUCUGCACCCGGGAGGAGAAGGAGGCCAAGCGGGAUGCCCUGCUCGAUUAUCUGAUUAAGCAUGUGAAGCGCCACAAGCUGUAUGCAAUCAGAUAUUGGGCCUGCGAGGUGCUUUGCUGCGUGAACAUCAUAGUGCAGAUGUAUCUGAUGAAUCGCUUCUUUGAUGGCGAAUUCCUCUCGUACGGCACGAACAUUAUGCAGCUGUCAGAUGUGCCGCAGGAGCAGCGCAUCGAUCCGAUGGUCUAUGUGUUCCCCCGUGUGACCAAGUGCACAUUCCACAAAUAUGGUGCCUCCGGAUCGCUGCAGAAGCACGACUCCCUCUGCAUCCUUCCCCUGAAUAUUGUCAACGAGAAGACAUAUGUGUUUAUUUGGUUCUGGUUCUGGAUUCUGCUCGUCCUGCUGCUCGGCCUGAUGGUAUUCCGCGCCUGCAUCAUCUUUAUGCCCAAGUUCAGGCCGCGCCUGCUGAAUGCCCGCAACCGGAUGAUACCCAUGGAGAUUUGUCGUUCGCUGUCCCGCAAGCUGGACAUUGGCGACUGGUGGCUCAUCUACAUGCUGGGCCGCAAUCUGGAUCCCGUCAUCUACAAGGAUGUGAUGAGCGAGUUUGCCAAGCAGGUGGAGCCGGCCAAGCACGAUCGUGCCAAGUAAAUAAACAGCAGCAACAGCAGCCGCCUCUUCUCUUACGCCUGGACACCCUAUCCGCGGAAUCAUCCAGCAGAAUCCGCCUCCGACUACCCCCUUUGGACUAUUAAUUUUAUUUAGCGCAAAUCAUUUUAAUUAGUUGAAACCCAAGAGAACCUAAACGAACCGAACCGAACGGAAAAACCUAUCCACCACACAAUUCUCUCUAGUUCUGUGAUCCCCCGACCCAGGCUCCUCACGCCCCCGCCCUACUUUCCGCCCCACUGAGGGGAACUAUCAUAUUACGUCUUAUAAUCAAUGAUCACAACUCGAAUCGAAUCGCUUGGCAGAAAACAAAACAAGAAGAAAAAUCUUUUUUUUUGUUUUGCUUCAUUAUUAUUUUUUUUGCAAUUUCCACAACAACAAAAAAAAGAGAUUUUCCCACGGAAAUGUGCAUGAAAAAUCAAUUUUUUUUUCCUAAUGUUUAAAAGAAACGUAUUUAAUAACUAGCUUUUAUUUAUAAAUAGAAAUCAUACAAAACAAAAAAUGAACAAAAUCAGUCAAAAAUUCGAUAUUUUUGCAUGAAAUUUGUGAAAUUGUUCAAACGCUUCGCAGCCAAUACAUAAAUAUUGCUUUUGAGUCUUUCAUAAUAAUAGAUUUUAGUUUUCACGGAAGCGUUUUAACAAU